AUGUCCCUACCAAACCUCGAAGAAUGUCUCCCCAAGCACUGGGGCUUGUUCUAUGGCGGGAAAUGGCACGAGCCUCAGGAUGGCGACCAUCGAGAGAUAUUCAGUCCCGGUGACGGGAAAGUCAUCAGGAAAGUCGCCUUUGCCGGUGAGAACGACACGGCCGCUGCCAUAGAGGCGGCACAUGCUGCAUUCCCGGCCUGGAGAGCAGUCCCUUCUUUGGAACGGGGCAAGAAGCUCAGGAAGGUGGCCGACAUCCUGCGCACACAUGCAGAUGAGCUGGCCUUGCUCGAUGCUUACAACACGGGCAAUCCCGUCAUCAUGAUGAGAGGCGAUGCACUUUUCGCGGCCGACACGGUCGACAUGUUUGCGGGCCUCAUCCCAGCCGUUCAAGGCGAGACCACUCAUCUAGAUGAUUCAACUUUCAACUACACCCUCCGGGAGCCGUUGGGGGUGGUAACGCGCAUUGUCGCCUCUAAUCAUCCACUUAUGUUCGCUGCCAACCGGCUUGCAGCCCCCAUUGCUAUGGGCAACACAGUGGUGAUCAAGGCCCCAGAACAAGCACCCCUUUCCGCACUCCGUUUGGCCGAGCUGCUGGAAGACGUCUUCCCCCCUGGAGUCCUCAAUGUCUUAUCCGGUGGCCUCGAAUGCGGAAAGACUCUCUCGACACACCGCCUUGUUAGUAAGGUCACGCUUAUCGGUAGUGUGCCUACCGGCAAAGCGAUCCAGAAAGCAGCGGCAGAUACGUUGAAAUUGACCUCGUUUGAGCUCGGGGGAAAGAAUGCCCUGAUUGCAUAUCCUGACGCGGAUCAUAACCGCCUCGUGGACGCUAUCAUCGCAGGAAUGAAUUUCGGUUGGUGUGGGCAAUCUUGUGGUUCGACCUCGAGGGUUUUCCUGCACGAUUCGCUCCACGACAAGAUCUUGGAACGGAUCCAAGACCAAAUAGCGAAGAGGUUCCGACCCGGAAACCCUCUCGAUCCAAAGACAACAAUGGGCGCAUUAGUCAGUGAGGCAGCACAGGCCCGUGUGUUGAAAUAUGUCGAAAUUGGCAAGAAUGACGGCGCCCGUCUCCUAUUAGGUGGUAGAAUCCCCGACAGCACCGACACGCAGGGUGGCUACUUUGUCGAGCCCACCAUAUUUGCCGGAGUCACUCAGAAAAUGCGAAUCGCCAACGAAGAGGUAUUUGGACCUAUCGUGUCCAUCUUGAAGUGGACCGACGAAGAAAAGCUCUUCGAGGAUGUGAAUGCUGUCGACUAUGGUCUGACAGGCGCAGUCUUCACAUCUGAUAUCAAGACUAUGCAGACCGCGGUACGUCGCAUUGAAGCUGGAACUGUCUGGGUAAAUACUGUUGGGACACACUUCUUCAGCAUGCCAUUCGGAGGAUACAAGCAAUCUGGCAUUGGAAGGGAUGACUGCUUUGAAGAAUUGCGUGACAUGACACAGUGCAAGGCUGUCCAUGUCAAACUAUAG